AUGACAAAUAAAGGGAAAUUAUCGAAAACUAUUCUGAAAUAUUUUGCAAAUACCAUUGGAUUUUCAUGUCGAAUAACACCACCUCCCAAUACAUCUUUAGAAUUAGAUUAUCUCCUACAUAAUUUCCAUAAAUUGGCUCCAUUAGACAAUUUUCAAACCAUUUCUAAUUCAAAUCAUGGAUUUUUCAUAAAUGCAAUAUAUAGUCCCUGUCGUGAUGAAUCUUGGUUUAAAUUAAUUAAACCUGAUGAAAAUCAUUUAUUUGAAGAAAUCGAUUCUAAAUUCACCAAUACUAUUAAAAAUGAUUUUAUUAAUAAAUUGACCAGUUUAGUGGCUAUUCCUAGAUAUUCAUAUAUUGAAAAUAAUAAAGACUUUCAAAAUUAUAAAUUACAAAUACGAUUUGAUCAUAAUAUACAGAGAUCUAUCGCUAAUUAUAAAGGGAAAUAUAAUUUGACAACUAGUACUGUUGACGAUCCAUUUAUUUCAAUUAUAAACAAUGACAAUGCCAAUGGAACUAAUAAUGAUGAUGAUGACGAGGUACUGAUUGAUUAUGAAAAAUUGAGAGUAAAUCUAAGGCACAAUUUUCAAAAAUUUCAUAAAUUUGAUAAAAUUGAAAUCAUAACCAAUCCAAAUAGAUUAAUAAAUAGAUUGAAAUGA